AUGGGUAAAAAAAAGAUGAAAUCCAAAAUAAGGGGAUCGUCAGAUACUUCUAGUAGCAGCUCUGAGUCGGAACAGGAAAAAGAAAAAAAGAAACUACGUAAGCUAAAGAAGAAAUUGAGAAGGGAAAAGAAAAAAACAGAAAAAGCUUUAAAGAAAAAAUUAAAGGAAGAAAUAAAGAAGUUAAAAAAAGCUCGGCGUAGUUCUAGCCGAAGUGUAGAAGCAAGAAAAGAUGAAAUAUCCACAGAUAUUCCUAUUGAACUAAUGGAGAAAUCAAAAGCAAUGGCACCAAUGACAAAGGAGGAGUGGGAGAAAAAGCAAAGUGUUGUAAGGAGAGUCCUAGAUGAGGAUUCUGGAAGAUACAGAUUAAUCAAAGGAGAAGGGGAGGUCUUAGAAGAAAUUGUUUCCCAGGAUAGACAUAGACAGAUAAACCGAGAAGCUACUAUAGCUGAUGGGAAUUUCUUUCAGAUGCAAAGUAUUGAGAAACUAAAGUUUAAAUAA